GUUCAUUUACAGUUAAUGAGCCUCGCGCGCUGUCUGACAAGAGCAAGCAGGUAACUUGCAGCAGAAAGAAAGUCACCGUGAACCGUCGGCGUAAAAAAAUACACAAUGAGUGAUUCAGAACAGCAACAAGAGGCUGAGAAGGAGUCCCAGCCUCAGUGGCCUGAGAAUGGAGGAGAGUGGAGUGAUGAAGAGGAUGGGACCAACAUGGACUGUGGGCUCCUGCAGGCCAUGGCUGAGGAAGAUGAGGCAAUAAACGUCCACAAUGAGGAGACGUUUGGAAUGGAUCUGGAUGCCACAGAGGACCCCAGCGUCGAUGUGCUUCAGUUUGGAGAGCUGCUGCCCCUACCACCUCCACCUCCACCAGACCCCAAACCCUCGCCCCGCAGCAGCCUCCCCUCCCCUCCCAGACAGAGACCACAGUAUUUCUCCCGGGCUCCAGCGCAGCGCGACAGAUGCAGGGGGCUGAGAGGAGGGCUGGGCAGGGGGCAGAUGUUUGAAGACCCCGCUGUGAUGAGGACAGUGGAGGGGAGACCCAGCAUCAAGACUCUUGACAGUGCCAUAGUGGACCUCGGGAAUACCAUCUAUCAUAAAACCUUUGACGAUGAUGACAGUGCUAUCGUGUGUGUGAUUGAUGGUCACAGAGGGAGAGGGCAGCACCUGACCUCCAACUUCCGGGAUGUGCCGUGUCCCGCCUCUUACUACAGGGGCCGGACAGGGGAGCUCGGAGGAUCUUACUCCAGGAGCCCGUUUGACCAAAGAGGCCCCUCUCAGAUGCAUACGUCCAUGGUAGGAGGAUCACCUAUCUUCUCACGUCAGACGUUAACCCCACGGCAACAUUACAAUCAGCAGACGGGAGGCUUCAUGCGCUGCCCCUCCACCCCAAAAAUGAUGCAACUUCACUUCGGUGCCAACUCUCCGAGGCCGUCCGCCUUUUACAGCCCCUCGUCUAAUCCGGUGCAGCAUUUCAGAUACCCCGGUCCCGUCACCAUGCUCCACCCACAACAUAAACGGCUUCUCAGUCAAAAACAACGUAUUUUCCAAAGAAAAACAGAGGACUGGGAUCCUUACUGUAAUCUCAUGACGGCCAAAGAGAAGGAGUGGAUCACCCGGCUGCAGAUGAUCCAGCUGCAGAGUGAGAAUCCGUACCAUGAGGACUACUACUACCAGGAGUACUACCGGCGAAUAGAAGCUAAGAUGGCAGAGGAAGAGCUGGGCAUCAGGAGCAAGAGGGAGACGCCUAAACUCACCACACCUUACAUCACGAAAACUGAUGUUUACGCACCAGUGGUGCACAUUGAAGGCUCUUUGGGUCAGGUUGCUGUGUCCACAUGUUACUCUCCUCGCCGGGCCAUCAGCGCAGUCAAUGCAGUCCAAACUCAGGGCCCGCUCGAGGAACAGAAAGACAUCAAGCAGCAGCGGUUAGAGGUCCUCAGUAAAAUAGAAAAGUUGUUCAUGGUUCUGCUGGAGGUGGAGGAGGCAGAGAGGAUGAAAACCCUCCUCUUGCCUGAAGCAGAAGAAAGGAGGAUCAUGGAGAAGUCCCAGGGCAAAGUGGAGCACAUCUACUCCCAGCUGCAACAUCACAGCACCCUAGAUUCAGGAGUGGAGUUUCUUCCUUUCCUGCUGGUCUCAAAAGGCAAAAGGCUUCUCGCCCGUCUGCUCCCGUUCCUGAAAAAGGAUACUGCUCUGAACAUUUUGAGCAUAGUGACCUCUAACCUUCCUGCACUGAUGAGCAGAGAUUCAGAAGAGGCCCUUCCAGUGCUCUACCCUCCUCUUCGCAAAGUGAUUGGAGGCCUGGCGUUCAGUCAGCUGAUCGGCGUCCUCAAAGAGCUGACGACAUACGAGUCUCUGACGCUGGCAUGUCAGAACAAGUUUGGACUGUCCUUGCUGUACGCUCUCCUGUCCCAAGGAGAGAAGCUGCUGUCCUCAGGCGUUCCUCUAGAUCCCUGCAUCGGCGACUUUGAGACAUGGACGGACACAAUCUUCCAGGUGGCGGGACAGCUGUCCGAGUCUUCUCUGGUGGAGCCACUGCUCAUGCCCUCCAACCUGCUGACUCUCUUCUGCCGUUACCUGGACAAGCGCACUGUGCAUCAGCUGAAAAGCAACAUGGAGUCUGCUACUGGAUACCUGGCUCUUGCAUCUUAAGGUGGACGUAAGCUAAAGAGACGUUCAGCUAAUGCCCAGGUUGUGAUGAACACUAGAGUUAUAGGAGAAGCAAAACGCUGAAAGACUCCUCAGUGUUUAUUCACAAAAGAAGAAUGUACAAAAUGCUUUGAUGCUUAUAUUUUUUUCCUCCUCUUCCUUAUCCCUUCACAUUUUUGCACACCGGCUGUUUCCCCUUUUUAUUUCCUUUGUCUGAUCGUUUGACUUUCCUCUCUUUGGUCUCCAGUAGGUUACAGCAUUGCAAGUUAUUCUGAAGUCGCAAACCUGAUUUUCCUUUUGUUUUAAUAACAAAUUGCCAUCAUUUCAUGAGAUAUGCCAUAUAAUGAGUUGGUAACAUUAACUAGCAGAUAGAGCUGAUUUCUUUAUUUGUAUUCUAUCCGAUCCCCGUUACAUUCAGGACAGAAAACGUACUGAGAUAAAUGUGUUGGAUUAGAUAUUGGUGACCAGGUUGAGGAUUGUAUAGUAUUUAAGAUUGUACAGCUGAACCAUUCUGUUCAUUAUAAUAAUAAUAACUAUGAAGGUAGUUGUCAUGGCAUAGUCCGUCAACAUAAGCAAUGCAAUUUUGAUUUUUUUGUAAAAAGGCAUGCAUUGUGUCCAAAUGUAUAGUGAUACAAAAUUGAUGUAUUUGAUGUCAUUUUUAUUUAUUAUAUUCAUUUGGAAACCGUGAUCAUUUAUAUUGCACCCUUGUAGAGCACUUGCAACACAAAUAAAAAAAACAUCUU